AUGUCGCCCAAAACUUUCCGGAUCACCGUCCUUCCUGGAGAUGGUAUCGGCCCCGAAGUCAUCUCCGAAGCUGUGAAGGUCCUUCAGGUGGUGUCGGCUGCCUCGCCUAACAUCGAGCUGCAACUUGACGCGCAUGACUUCGGAGGAUGUGCCAUCGACGCUCAUGGUGAUCCUCUACCGCAGUCGACCUUGAAGGCAUGCCAAGAGGCGGACGCUAUCCUCAUGGGAUCUAUCGGCGGUCCCAAAUGGGGCGUAAACAGUCCUGUACGCCCCGAGCAGGGCCUGCUGAAGCUCAGGAAGACCCUUGGGCUCUAUGCCAACAUCCGCCCGGCAUCCUUCGCGUCCGACUCGCUCCUCGCAAUAUCCCCUUUGAAGCCUUCCAUCGCUCAAGGCGUCGACAUCAUCGUCGUCCGCGAGCUCAUCGGGGGCGCCUACUUCGGAAAACGCCAGGAGCUAGGGACUGGCUCUCCCGGAGACACGGCAUGGGACACCAUGAUAUACAGCGUUCCGGAGGUCCAGCGCAUCACCCGCGUUGCAGCGCAAAUCGCAUUGGCAGCCAACCCGCCCCUCCCAAUCCAUUCUAUAGACAAAGCCAACGUCUUGGCCAGCUCGAGGUUGUGGAGGAAGGUCGUUACGGAGACGAUCGAGACGGAAUAUCCGCAGUUGAAGUUGGACCAUCAACUUGUUGAUUCCGCGGCCAUGAUCAUCGUAUCAAACCCGAAAAAGCUCAACGGCGUCGUCGUCACCGAGAAUCUGUUCGGAGACAUUCUCUCCGAUGAAUCCAGUGUCAUCCCUGGAUCUCUUGGAUUGUUACCAUCUGCAUCACUUGCUGCCGCACCAUCGACGCCGGGCAGCGCUGAUUUCAAACCAGCCCUCGGGCUGUACGAACCGAUACAUGGGUCUGCCCCAGAUAUCGCUGGACAAGGCAUCGCAAACCCUAUCGGUACCAUCUUAAGCGCAGCCAUGCUCCUACGCUAUUCUCUUGGACUGGAGGCCCAGGCGAAGGCCAUCGAGAGCGCCGUGCGAAAGGUACUUGACGAUACUGAGAUCGGCGGCUUCGGUCUACGGACCGCCGACAUGGGCGGCAGCGUGAAGACGACAGAGAUUGGGCAGAAGAUUGUGGAGGUUCUAAAAACGCUGCUUUGA